ACAGUUGGCCUAAAGGCGUCGCAGAUCGAGCACGCGAAACACGAAUCGCCCAGUAUCGAUCAAAAGACACGAGGUUUCGCGUGACGUCGCUAUCCCAACUUGCAGAUAAGUGUUUUCGAAAUACCAAAAACUUAUUUCGCUCGCACCCGAUUAACGAUAAAUAUUCCGAAAAUAAUCGAUUACCGAUUUCAAUAUCGUCGAAAUGCUCGCGGAAACAAUUUCACCGCUCGCGUAAGCUACGAUGUACGAUGGUUUUCGCUCGUGAGUGAAACGUAUCAAAUUUUCUGGAAGCUCGAAGGAAGCCACGAUCAAUCGCUCAUGGGUAGGACCAGCCUUCGCGAUACGUGAAAUUUGGUCGCGGUGAAGUAUUUCGAACAGGACGCGAAACGUGACGCGAAACGUGACUCGACUCGAAGUAACGAGAUCGCGCAAGUCUCAGGGUUCGACCAACUUUCCCAGACACACUGACGUGGUACAUCGUGCCGCUGACAAGCGAGCAAGCAACGUACGCCUCUCGAUCUUCCUACGACGUCGCAUCGAUUCAGAAAUAAAUAGAAUAAAUAGAAACGCGUGUCAUCGAGAAGAAUCUAAAAUCCAAGUUUGGAAUAAACUUGAAAUACAAACACCAGCGAAAAAAGUUUCCUGCCAGUAAUACAACAAGCAACGCACCGAAAGAAAUUUGGCGAUCGUAUUUAUCGAUAGAAGACGAUCGUAACGCUGUCGUUAAUAAAUAUCGCACAACUCGGCCCAUAUAGAACUUUAAAGACGAUCAUCGCGGCCUGAUCCACGAAUUAUCCGUUGAUCCAUCCAAGCCGAGAAACAACUGUUCAUCUAAGAUAUUCACCGGUCAAUGAAUCGGUCAAUGAAUCUCUGCAUUGUCAUCAGAAGUGCGACCAAGUUCGACCAAGUUCGAUCGCUGGAACGAUGAAAAACCGGGGAUUUAGCAUCGGAAAAACGUGCACAAUCCGGCCAGUUUACACCGUAUAAAUUGUCUGCCAGCCAAAACACGAAGAUCGAGAGCAAAAUGUCGACCGAAGUGAUAGCGGGUCGACCAACAAUGCCAACGAUUCCACAAUCCAAGAGACCAACAAUUCUAGUUUAUCCAACAGUAUAUCCAGAGACUAUCGUCAUCCCAAUAAUGUCAUGCAUAUUCGGAUUUCCAUUAUUGGUACUAAUGAUCAUCUGUUGUUUAAGAAGAAGAGCAAAGCUCGCCAGAGAGCGAGCACGAAGAAGGAAUUGUGAUCUAGAUCACGGAGCACUCAGUCUCGUUCGUUUUAGUCCUGUCCACCGUUUAGCAUCGAAAGAGGAUUUAGCUGGAAUUGAUCGUCCAACGAGAACAGUAUUAUUGCGAAACGAUCGAAGAUGUAGACCUGUUCCAUCACUGGAACUAGACACUGUCAUUGAAGAACGAUCGGAUCCUGAACAGAGCUCUGCGUUGGAACUUAGUAGUCCAGAUUAGCAUCCAGUUUUGGUACCGCCUAGGUCAGAUUCUUAUUUUCUGUCUCCACGACCAUCUAAAUCGGUGGUACCAUUAUCCGUGGAUCAUAGCCCUCUAUGGACAGCAUUGACACACGCUAACGCUGUAUCCUCUGCUCUUGGUGAUACCUAGCAGGAAGUGGAAGAGGGCGGUUACAUCCAAGCUCUCGUACUCGACUUACCCAUAAUCUAUUAAGAGAUUUGUAAGAUAUAUAUGUAUUACGACAAAUUAGUAUACGAGGUCGUGAACAAUAAUGAAACUGAUCGUAAGGAGAUCUUCGAUACAAAACAAUUUGAAGUCUGAGGACGUUAUAUGGAAUAUGAAUCUUUACAAGCAAGUUUUGCACUCGUAUAUAAAAUUAAUGACUAAAUUUUAUACUGUCAAACUGUACAAGAUUCUAUGAACAAGCCGCUUUUUAUAUCAUGAAAAACGAGGCAACAAACGCUGCAUCAUUAGUGUAAAUAAAAAAUUGUUGAUAUCAUGUACAAACAAAAAUCACAAUAUGUAAAUAAAUGAUUAUAAAACACUGUCUAUAC